AACCGUUUCAACCUCAUCUGUUUUUUUCUUUCAGUUCGGCUCGAUUCAUUCAUUCAUUCAUUUUUUUUUGCUUCCUUCUUAUAUAUAUUUUUUGGUGCUAAAAAGAAGCCUUAUAUAUAUAACUCACGCGCUAUUAUUGUUUCUUACUUUUUUAUAUUGCCAACACUCAAAAACACCACCAGGCACACUGACAAACCCAACCAACCCACACAUAAAAAACACCCGCCCCUCCCCCUCACCCAUAGGGCACAUUUCCUGAAAGUGUCUAGUUACCAAUAGAAGAGAAUAUCUUAUCCUCGCUCUUUUUUUUCUUUUUCACAGAGCCAUGGCCGACCACAUUGACCAAAUCCACGAGGAGGAGGAGGAGUACGAUGGCAAGCUUGUCGAUGGGUCCAAGCAUGGCGAGUAUAUCGUUGACCAGGAGGACGAGUCCCUGGCGCAGGAGGUCAGUUAUGAGGCCGAAGAGUACGGCGAAUUUGAAUUAGCCGAGGUCGAGGGUAUGGAGCAACAGGGGGAUUCGACGGGGCAGGCUGAGUACGCGUCCGGGUCUAUUCUGGUGACUACAAAUGAGGGCGAUCAGAUGCUGGAUGAGCAUCAAGGUGAGUACUACGAGGAGGAUAUUGACAAGGGCAUGGAUGACCACCAGAUAAUCGAGCAUAUGCAGCAGCAGCAGCAGCAGCAAGAGCAAGAGCAGGAACAGGAGCAGGAGCAGGAGCAGGAGCAGGACAGGAACAGGAGCAUGGGCAUGGGCAUGGGCAUGGGCAGCAGCCUGAGGAGGGGGUGGAGGGAGCAUUACGAUAACAGCCAUGUUGAUUACAUGAUGGCCUCCGAUGCAGACGCACAUGCUGCCAACUCCUCUCUGACUGCGCUGUCGCAGGUCAUCACAUCUAGCGUCAACCAGCUCACGGACGAGAUGAACGAAAUGGGCGAUAUGGGCGAAAUGAACGACAUGGGAGAAAUGGGCGAGAUUGGCGACAUGGGCGAGGAUAAGCAGGACUUGCCGCAGGACCACCACCAGGAGGGAGAGGAGAUCCGCGUGGAUGACCCAGAGGCGCACUCGGCAGAAAUCUCGACCCCCACUAGAUACAAGGCCAUCUCAGGAACGCAUCGGACGCCAGCCAAGCGGCCGCUUUCAUCGCAUAGCGGCGAUGGCGGGAGCAGCCGCCUGAAGAGCAAGGUGUGGGGCUGGUACGAGAUCAUGCCCGACGGAUAUCGCCAAUGCAAGUUUUGCGCGCAAAAGUACGGCCGCCUCACAGCCACCACCAUUCUCGCCCGCCACUACCACAACAGACAUGAUCCCAAUCCAGAGUUCACUACGUCCACCCCGACUGCGUCCCACCGCGGUAUGUCGCACAUGGGGUCUGCCAGCCAGCCGGUCUCCUCCAUGGCCUCGGGCCAGCACCACGAUCUCCAUCACCACCACCACCACCAUCAUCAACACCAGCAGCAGCUGAACAUGUCGCAGGCUGCGGCGGCGGCGGCUGCAGCUGUGGCGGCUGCCGUGGCCAAUGGCACUGCGGGGACGACGGGCGAGACGCCGGACCCCCAGACAUCGCAUCUUUUCCACGCCGCAUCGAAUGGCGCAGUCUCGGCCGCCUACUCGCACCAGGGAUCGCUGGCCAACGGGUCUACUGAGGACAUCCUGCGCUCUGUUUCAGAAGCCGUCAACCAAGCACCCUACGAAGACUCUCAUAUUAUGAUGCCGGACGGAUUCCCACCCAUGCUGUCGCCGCUCGCCCGCAUCAACCUCACGCCCGCACGCAAGGCAAUAGCUGCCGUGGCCCAGUUCUGCGCGCAGUCCGAUGUGCAGAAGAACCUGCAGACUUGCAUUGGCCUCAUAUCCACCGCUGCCCGGCGAGGCGCCCGCAUGGUCUUCCUCCCGGAAUCCAGCGACUUUAUUGCCGAAACCCGCACCCAGCCCGCGCAGAACGCCCAGCCGCUGGACGGGGCCUUCAUGAAAGAAAUCCAGCAGGCCGCCAAAGACAACGCCAUCUGGGUCUCUUUGGGCAUUCACGAGCAGCCGGCCCUCAACGGCAUGCCGUACAACACCAACGCAGUUGUAAGCUCAGACGGCACCCUUGUCUCGAUCUACCGCAAGCUGCACCUCUUCGAUGUUAACGUCAAGGAUGGCCCCCGGCUUCUGGAAUCCACCACGACAACGAGAGGUGACCGCCUGCCCGAUGUUCUUGACACCCCCGUGGGUAAACUGGGGCUGGCCAUUUGCUAUGACCUGCGGUUUCCCGAAAUGGCGCAGCAGCUGCGUCUGCGCGGCGCCCAGUCCCUAUGCUACCCGUCGGCGUUUACGGAAAUGACCGGUGCGGCGCAUUGGGAGCUCCUGGUGCGUGCUCGGGCGGUGGAAACGCAGACGUAUGUGUUUGCGGCGGCGCAGAUUGGAAAGCAUAACUCGAAGAGGUCGAGCUUUGGAGAUGCCAUGAUUGUGGAUCCUUGGGGAUCGGUUGUUGCCAGGUGCCCGCGCAAUUCAAACGAGCCUGAGGUUGCUCUGGCUGAGAUUAACUUGGAUUUCUUGGAAAAAGUUAGGCGCGAAAUGCCCGUUUUUAACCAUAAGAGGACGGACGUAUUUGGAGAGUUUGUCGCAUAGACAACAACACGACGACGACGACGACGACGACGACGACGACGACGACGACGGCGACGACGACGACGAAGACGAC